GUGCGAGAGCCCACCCCGGCAGACUUGCAUAAAACUUCUUGGCAGCAGACGAACUUUCAGUUGGUGGCCAGGCACAGAGGAAAGACGCAGAAACCUGACAGAAACGGCGAUGGCGUCUUUAGGGUUGCAGAUUCUUGGGGUUGCUCUGGCCGUGAUCGGGUGGUUGGGGAACAUCCUGAUCUGCGCGCUGCCACUAUGGAGAGUCACUGCCUUCAUUGGCAACAACAUUGUGGUGGCUCAGAGUAUCUGGGAAGGCCUGUGGAUGAGCUGCGUGGUGCAGAGCACAGGCCAGAUGCAGUGCAAAGUCUACGACUCCCUUCUGGCUCUGCCUCCAGACCUCCAGGCGGCUCGGGCCAUGAUCGUCAUCUCCAUCCUCUUCUCUUUCUUCGGCCUGCUGCUGUCUGUGGUUGGUGGGAAAUGCACCACCUGCAUCGAGGAUGAAACAGCCAAAGCUAGAGUGUGCAUCUCUGCUGGGGUUUUCUUCCUCCUGAGCGGAGCGCUGUGCCUUGUGACCGUCUCUCUGCCGGCCAACACCAUCAUCAAGGACUUUUACAACCCAUUGAUUCCUGAUGCUCAGAGGAGGGAGCUGGGCGCCUGCCUGUAUGUGGGCUGGGGGGCAGCGGGACUCUUACUGAUCGGCGGGGCACUGCUGUGCUGUCAGUGCCCGUCAGGAAGAGAGCACUACAACGGAGUAAAGUACACUGCGCCGAAAUCCACAACGCCAGGGAAGGAGUUUGUCUGAGCUGCUGAACAACAGAGAGUCAAAUUCACCAAAAGACAGAACAAACUGGUCUCUUUCUCAGAGGGGAUUCUGACUAAUAUCGACUAAAACAAACUGAUUUUCUGCUUGAGAAAGAUUGAUAGAUUAAUUCAUUAAACAUUAGUAUUCUGCAGUUAUUUCCUUACUUAUUGAUUGUGAUGAUCAGUACAAUUGUCUUUGUUUUUUACUAUCUGAGAUGCAUUUUUCAGUGUUAUAUUUUAUUAAAAUAAAUUAAUUUUAUGUCAAAAAUGUAGCAUGUGCUCUUUUUACUCCAACUAUACUGCCUUCAGUCAGGAGGUUUGUCUGCCACAAAAUUCAAAUUAGGGAAAAUGUUCUAGAUCUAGAAUCUAGAUCUGUUAUUUAAAAUGUUAGAGAAAAGGUUUUCAAAGUGAGGUUCGUGGGCCAGGUGAAGCUGUUCAGGAAUUGUACAUAUUUCUCCAGCAGCACAAGUGGCUGAUGAAAACACUUUAUAAACUAUUUCUGGUGAGAUUUUGUCUGAAAAUGUUAAUAAAAAAAUCAAGACCAAAUGUGUACCAAGAAAACCGUUGAGUAAAAUAAGUUACCUACAUUCCUGGUCUUUGUAAAUAUUAGGUAUUUGGGUUUUACUUGCUUAUAUUCUGCUUUCUUCAGAAGAACCUUUUUGGUUUUAACAGCAUCCUGUUUUUAUUUUAAUUCUUUACGUUGUGACUCUCAUAUUGGGUUUGUGAAUAAAAGCAAUGUCUGAUUGCAAACAGAAA